GAGUGCGUCAAAUCUUUCAUACAAAUGGCAACAUCAUUAGCGCACUUAUUUCACACCACCCUUUUGAUAUCACAUAUGUCUUCCAAUAUUCAUUUUUGGAAUGCAAAGAAAUUUUUGGGUGCUUACUUUAUAUUGAAAAGCACUGUAAAAGGCUGUCGAAUUUUUAAUUUGUAGUUAUGAAAAAAUGUAUUGGUGAAGAAAAAUUAAGAAUAUAAGCCACACAUGAGCUUAUAAAAUAUAUUUUGUGAAAAUUAAAAUCAAAUGAUUGAAAAACCUGCUGCUGCAAACGCUUUCCCCAAUAGUAGGAACAGUUCAAACCGAUUGAGAAUAGUUUUCAUUUUGUUGCGGCCAUAUUUGUGAGCUCCGUAUUUAGCUUGUGAUUGUUCGUUUUCAAGGGGAGUGGAGCACAUAUAAUCCUUUGUACACUCUGCGCAUGGCAAGCGCGCUUAUAUUUUCACAAGUAAGGAUUUUACGGAUUUAAUAGGUUCCAAUUGCAGCAAAGUCCAGUGGCGUUUCCUAUACAAAGCUAUCGUCUACACACACAAACGCAUUGAAGCUAUUGGAAAUACAAAAAUCCUUAAGACAUGGAUGAACAGGAAGAGGUCCAACAAAAUAUGAUAUCGAAUUUACCCCUAUUAUUUGCUAACGGUUAUCCAACAUCACUGGAUAAGAUAACAGAAUCACAGCUUGAAAAAUUCAUACCGUUUAUGGUACGUUGUUCGCUUGGUCAUAUUAAUUUUCAAGAAAAGACAGACUGCAGUGAGCCAGAAUGGUGGCCUGAAGAUUUCCCAUUCACCAUACCAUUUACGAAGCCGAAAAAGUUUACUGGGAAUUGGGCACAAAAAAUGAAGGAAAUCAUUAUAAUAUGUUAUCAAUUUCACAGAAGCGUUUUCCUACUACGCUUUUGCAACGAUUUGGCCGCUUAUGAGCAUGCGAGUCUACGCUUUAUAAAUAAUUAUAAUUCAACAACGUCGUUGUUUGAAAGGCGCAGCAAUAAAUUACUGGUGACAUUUAGAAAUGAAAAUAUGUCAUAUGAUCAACCACAACGCAGUCGAAAAUGUUUAAUGCGCCAAAAAUCAAAAAGCGGUAAUCAAGGUCGAGCAGAUGCUGAACAAAUAAUGGUGGAACCUGCACCUUUCGAUAUAUAUUUGUGCGACAACUGCGAUGCGGAACUUUAUUCGAAAGAAGCUAUAUUGGAACACGAAAAGACUUGCAAUGUUGAAGAUGAUGACGACGAUGUCAUUUUAUGUGAUACACCUGAACCUCUGGAGAACACUAUACAGCCAACGGAUUCCAAAAGGAAUUCAGAGGACAAUGAGCUUCGUAAUCUAUUCCUACUUAAUUUUAACCUGCAAUGUCGUGAUGAUAGUAAAAAUGGUAAAGUUCAAUUUACGAGUGAGCCGUCUAGUGCAUCAAAGGAUGCAAAAGAUGAUAAAAGCGGAUUUAUGAUUAUUGACAAAAACAAGCGUAUGCCACGACGAAAUCGUGCAGUACAUUCAUUGGCACGUUGUGCCACAAUACCAUUAUCAUCACCUGCUGGUCAGCUUUUACUGCGUACCACAAAAACUGCCAUGACACCGGAAUAUUUAACAGAACGUCUCGAUCGCUUGGAACGUUUUUGUUUUGCACCGCUGCUCUCAAAAUCACAAUCAAAACCAAAAUAUUUUGAGAAAAAACAUACAUUUAAUAAUACACAUUGUACAUUUAAAAAGCCACAAGAAUACAGUUCCCAUGUAUACGUUUUUCCACGACGGCAAUUUUCCCAGCGAAGACGUACAGAAAGUUUCCUCUUCCUAAACUCAUCGCUAAUAAGACGGUGUCGCCCGAUUUCAGUGCGACUAAAGAAAAUUACCGAUAACGAGGUAAAAAGUCGACGCUCAUUACCAAAUACAAAACUUAAUAUAAAACUAACACGAGACGCUACACGACGUUCCAAUUGGAAAAUAUCCUCACCAUCUACAGAAAUCAUUGUCGACACAAUUGAUUUGUGUUCAUCGGAUGAAGACGAAGGUCGUAGUAAUAGCGAGAGCCGAACACAAGUUAUGCUGCACAGGCGAUCUGAACCCGGCACUGGGCUUGAAAUAACACGAAGAUUGAUAAAUACAUGUAGUAGCAAUAACAAUGCCACAUCAACCUCAGCGAAAAGCUCGCUAACAAUCAGCAGUGGCGGUAUUAAACAGUUAAGUCUUAAUACAACUGAAGUUUCUAUAUUUCCUAUUCGUAAAUCAGCGCGUAAUAAUGGACCCGUCAAAGGUCCAGAUAAGCCACAAAUCAAAAGUGCAAUUGCAGCAGCACUUGUGAGUAAUCCUCGUAUGUCCUCAGCAACAAAAUCAACAAGUUUAGUUGUGAAUAAUUCCUUAACAUCAGCAACAGUAGCUGCUAUUAACACACCCGCAAUACAAGCUACAGAGAGUACUAAAACUUCCACAAUCGGCAUAAAUGCAUUAUUAACUGCACCAACAACUGCUGCAAUAUUUUCUACACCAGAACAUGGUAUAACAUUACCUAAACCGUUGCAACCGUCAGUGUAUAUAUUUUCAAAUUAUACCGCUAAUACAUUGACACCAACAACAGCAACAACUGCAACAGUGCCAACAAAUAAUGAGAUUACAGGUCCAGUUGCUGGAAAUUCAUUCAGAAAUCAAAAUCAAGAGAAUCGUGCACAAAAUGGUGCUCACACCAAUACAAACGCAAGUGCAGGACUUGUUGUCAAACACCAAAUAUCAAAUAGUAAUACAGCAACGCCGCCAAUGAUAACACCCGAUUGGUAUCCGGAAUUGAAUACUUUAGGUACGAGCUCAGCUGCUGCUACCCUGAAUAAUGCAAAGCAAACGACAACGCACUUGGCGGAGCGGGAACGUGCGCGUAGCCUGUCUUUGGUUUCGCCAAGUCGUGUUAUAUCAAUUGAUCUGACCUCUUAAUUAUACCUAUGUAGCAUAAGUAUAUAUAUGCUAGCAUAUAUCUAUAUAUCCUUAUUAUUAUCGUAAUUAAUAUUAUACGUUUAUAAAUUUCUAGUUUAAAUUUAUAUUUCAUUAAAAAAAAAAAUGUAGUAGUGUUCAAGAUCCAUUCACACACUUUAUCAACCAUUUAUGUGUGUACAUACGUAAGGCAUGAUGGCUAAAAGAUGUACCUUUGUACAACCUUUGUUUGUACAUAUGCAUAAUAAUUACAGAAAUGCAGUUAGCUAAAAUGAAAGAAAAACUAAUAUAUUUCUUACAUAAAAAGCUCAUUAAUUUAUUUUUGCUUAGUUGGUUUGUUUUUUUUACAACAAUACCAUUAAAUUAUUAAAAAUAUAAAUCUAAGUAUCUUAAAAGACUCGGCAGGCUCGGACAAAUGCGGUAAUCAUUGUCCGGAUUAAAAACUAGUUAAUUAUUCCUCCUUUUCGAAUUGAAUACACUCAUGAUUGUUAAUCGUCUAGGUAGCGCCACUUUAAAUGUUGUUUUUAGUGCUUUCAGAAGUUUCCAAAUAUAUAUUUUGUAAAACUUGAUAUGUUAACUUAUUUAUAAAACCAAAUGUGUAGUGGACAUGCUAAAAAUUCUUUCAAAAACCCAUAUGUUGGUUAAUAGUAAAAUGAAUUGAAAAUUGAUUUGCAAGUUAUUAAUAUAAUUUUAAGAAAUCCUUCAAGCCUUCCAUAGGUACAGAUACAAAGUUAAGUUGCAAUACCUUUUCUUAAACAAUAGUUGGAAAAAUAUGCUUUACCAUUAUAUUUAUGUAUGUAUAAUUGGCACUUUAUAACGGCUGAAUCGAGACUAAUAAAUAUAUUCAUAAAAUUUUAAGAAGAUCUAACAUUUUCAUAUAAAGUAUUUGACGAAAAUAGAAAAAAUAGAAAAGAAAAACUAAUAUUAAAACCUUUCCGACUUUGUACAAUGUAAUAUAUCAAUUUUUUUUUUUUUUUUUUUACAAAAUUACAAAAGAUUUAACUAUUUGUCCAACAUAAAUAAAAUGUUUGUCCAAAACACAUCAGACCAACAUCUCCGGCCAAUAUAAAUAAUAAAAACGUCACUUUUUUACAUUUGUUUUUCUAACAUUUUGUUGAUUUUUGUUGAUUUAUAUUGCAUAACAAAUUACUACUCCAAUUAUGAAAGCGUAGUGGUACGCAUGAAAUUCUAAGCUUUAUCCUACAGGUAAUAAGUAAUUUUUCUUAAAAAUGUUCAAACAUAUUUAAGUAAAAAUAUGAAAUUACUAAAAACAACAUUGAAAUGCGAUAUUUGUUUUCCAAUUUUUGAGACUUUAAGCACUUAAAGUUAAAAGAUAAUCAUUAAAGUACUAUUAUCAAAAAAUAUAAAUGUAAAUAUGUACAUACAGAAAUAUACAUAAUAAAUUUUAUAUAUAAACAUAACUACAUUAUAGCAAUAUAAAACAAGACUAAACGCCAAUCGAACGUACAUAGAGUACUUUUUAUUGGGCGAUACCGAAACAAAGCCUGCAUACUUACUUACUUUGAAAUCAGUUGAGUUGCUAAUUUUAAAUGUUUCAAAUUCGCAACCUUUUAAGCAAAGCGAUGUUGUAAAAAAAAUUGAUAUUUGAUAUUUAUAAAAAAAAAAUAAAUAAAUACACAUUAGUUACUUUGUUAGCUUUAUGAAAGUUAAAAA